CCAAGCACAAUCUCUACCAAAUCUACAAUACUUUUCGGGGAGCGAAAGGGUAGACAUGGGUGCAGAUAGGGUGCAGAACCUUGCCUCCAUGGGCGUAGAUAGGCUGCCGGAGCAGUUCGUGAGGGAAGCUCACGAGCGGCCGGAAAACAGCAAGGCCAUUGAAGGGAAGGACGUGCCUGUGAUCUCGCUGAACCAUCCCUUUCAAAAGGUAGGGGAGGAGAUCGCGAGGGCGUGUCAAGAGUGGGGCAUCUUCAUUCUAACCGACCACAACAUACCUCCUGAAUCCAUCAAGGCUCUGCAAGAUGUGGGGAGGCAAUUUUUUGAGCUCCCGGUGGAGGAGAAGGAGAAGUAUGCCAACGACGCUGCUAAUGGGAAUUUGGAAGGCUACGGGACCAAGAUGGUCAAGAACCAGGCGAUGAAGUUGGAGUGGAUAGAUUACUACUUCCACAUGCUCUCUCCUCCUUCAAAUGUUGACUACACCAAGUGGCCUCGGGAUCCACCUUCGUACAGGGAAGUUACAGAAGAAUACGGAAAGGAACUAACGAGGGUGUCAGACCUGAUUCUGGUUGCUUUGUCAAAUGGGCUUGGAUUGGAAGAAGGAGCGAUGAAGGAAGCAGUGGGAGGUGAUAAGCUCGUAAUGGAGAUGAAGAUCAACUUGUACCCGAGAUGCCCACAGCCAGAACUGGCGCUAGGAGUGGAGGCGCACACAGACAUGUCUGCAAUCACCAUCCUGGUCGCCGACCGCCGGAGCGGCCUUCAGGUGUGGAAGGACGGCAACUGGGUUGCUGUAGACUUAUUGCCAGGCUCUCUUGUUAUCCACGUCGGCGAUCAGAUUGAGGUGCUGAGCAAUGGGAAAUACAAAAGCGUGCUGCACAGGAGCUUGGUGAGCAAGGACGACGUGCGGAUGUCAUGGGCUGUCUUCUGCGUACCGCCUCUGGAAACAAUCAUAGGGCCUCUCCCUCAGCUCAUCAAUGAAAACAAUCCUCCGCUCUUCACCACCAAAUCUUACAAAGAAUUCCAGUAUCGGAAGAUCAAUAAGCUCCCACAGUAGAGAACGAAUUAAUAUGUGUUAUACACAAAGGUGCUUAUGUGCACGAGUGUGUAAUAUCUGUGGAGAGAGAGGAGAUGAAUUUGUUAAUCAAUGCAUAGUGUCGGUAGACUCAUGUUUUAAUGGGAAGAUGGAAGCUAGCUGUAGCUCAUGUGCGUGCAUGUUUGCAUGAAAUGUUUUCUUGGGUAAGGAGUGUGCUUAAUUAAUAACUGCUGCUGUUAUGUUUCUUGUUCUUUCUUUUCAUGAGAGGAUGUUGGAGAGUCGUUCUAUUGCUAUCUUCUGGUUGUGCCCUUCCUUGCUUCUAGGUGUGCAUAAAGGUUUCCAAAUGCAUAUCGUUAAUAAAUGGAUUCUUUGUCA